AUUUUUCAAAAGUGUACAAGGCAUAAUUUAUCGAAAAAAGAGAAAACAUUUACAUCAAAAAAGCGAGUAAAAAGAGAGUGUCUUGCAAUGCACGUCAAAGGAAGUGUCUUGCAAUGUUUUCAAGGCUCGUUUAAAGAUCCUGCUAUUGUUUUCCUAAAAAAUUGUAGAAAUCCAAAAAAAGUUGUUGAAACUCCAGAUAAUUUUGAGAAAGAAGAGAUAGAAAAACUAACAUGUUCAUUUCGACCAGUAAGGUCCAAUAAAUGUAUGGAAAAAAGUUCUGUGACAGCAUUUUCACAGAAAAAAUACUGUAUACGUUAA